AUGGCAGACUCAGGCUCCUCCACCGCCGACCCGACCGUAGCGGGCAACCGGUACUUUCUUAUAACGGACGAGGAUCAUCGUGGUGUCAUUCUUGUCGUGUCCAUCAUAUGCGCCGCCUAUAUCCCUAUGCUUCUGGCCCUUCGCGGCACCUUUACCAACAAGAACAUCGGGCUGGAUGAUGGCUUGGCUGUGGCCGUGUCAGUGGUGGGAUUGAUACAUAGUGUUCUAGUCUGGAUUGCCGUGUCCCACGGGCUGGGAAAGUCAUAUGUGGAUGUUGGGGCAUCCGAUGCCAGUUCAAUGGGAAGACUGUUGCUCGCCUCGGUCGUUUUGUUCUUGGUUACGCUCUUCCUCACCAAAAGUUGUGUGAUUCUCCUGUGUCGAAAAUUGUUCAGCAUCAACAUGAAAAGGCAUCGGACGCUCUGCGAUACCAUGACGGUGGUUUGUGGUCUGUGGUGCUUGGGGGCCAUCCUGGCAGUGACCAUCGAUUGCGACUCGCUCCAACAGCUUGGAUAUCGUACCGACUUUUGCCCAACCCUGACCAAGCGAUGGAGCGCCGUCGCCGUCGUCGACGGAGUCACCGAAGUCCUCAUCUUCUUGUUGUCGUUGGCCGUGGUAUUGCCGCUUCACAUGAGCACGGAUCGCAAAGUAUCUGUCCUCCUUACUUUUGCACCCAGAUUGGCAGUCAUUGCCCUGGUCGGCCUGCAUGCCCAUUACAUCGACGUCACGGUGCAUUCCUCCAACCCGGGAGUCGAGAUCGUGACCCCGACCAUUUACCGGCAGGUGUUGGUCCUGUUCGCAAUCGCUUCGGCGGCGUUGCCGGCCCUGAACCGUGGGCUUCGAAAAUUCAAUACGAGCAUGGGCAGUACAUGGAUGGACACGACCCUCUCGCAGACGAGCGGACGCGGCACAGGGCAACAACCCACCAUCCCCCUCAAGUCAUUGAAGACCAACAAGAGCAGCAUGAACCGAAGCAAGAGGAGGUCUAUGGAUGGGGAUGAGAUUGACCGUCCCGACCAAAACCCCAACUUCCGGCCUGACAAGGUGCAGCACAACACGACGGCGUACUGGGGCAAGGCGGUUGAUCCUGAUGCGCGAUCUGGACAGUCUCAAGAGAGCCAGAACAGCGAGGCCAAAAUCAUCCGCAAGGAUAUGCAGUGGCGGGUCCAUUACGAGAAUCAAGGCCCCUCGUAA